AUGGCGGGAAUGGCCAAGUAUGACAGAAGACAAGUCGGCACCGUGGCAGAUCCGAGUGCGGCGUCUGCAAGCCUGGCACUGCUUGGGGGAGAUCUUCUACGAGGAGAGCCAGAUCCAGAGGGCACCAAGGCCCUGGAAGCUUCGGGCGAAUCUGCCAAGAACCUGACGGAAGGGGUCGGGAAGGCCUUUGUGGCUUUCAAAGCGGAGCGAUGCAGAUCGUCCUGA